CGCUGCUUCAGUCCGUUUUACAACGCCGAACGAAACGAACGUCAGUGUGUUAAAGUUAGAUGGUUAUUUUUUACCAGCAGGAAGAGGUAGAAAGGAUUGCUGGGAGCUCCUUUUCUGACCGUCUACUUCAGGUUGUUUGGAUCGAACUUUUAUUUGCAUGACUCUGCUUGACUGGAUUUAAUGGCUUUUCAACGCAAAGGUUAUUGAAGCCCUCAGCUGGGAUGUAGCGGAAGACAGACCCGCUAAAAGCCACCGCUGUAACCCCCUUCUCCUCUAGGCUUCUUGGUUCCUGUCUUCGUUAAAAACAUUUCGGCUGAUAAAAGUCUGCUGACUAUUUAAGCGUUGGUGGGCCGUUUUAUGAUGACUCCCGCCUGGAGGUAGUUUUUUUUCGCACCACAUCACUGCCCCUGACAUUAGCGAUGACUAUGAGCUCUUUAUCGGACGCAUUAGUCUCGGCUGACCCGUCAAAGUCGGCGUUUUUGGAGUUUGGCGGCCACGGCUACCCCGGACAUCAGCAGCCGUCCUCGGGCCUGGCCCACAAUCAUUACCCGGUCCACGGUCUGCACGCCGUCGGGGGGCCCGCGCAGCACGACGGGCCUUUCUCGGCCGGAGCAUCUUCGUACGGCCGCUCGCUGGGCUACUCGCCGUACCACGCUCCUGUGAGCGCGCACCAUCCCGGUUACCUGUCCUACCAGCACGGGGGUCACAGCGGCGCGCUUGGCCAUACGAGACUAGAAGACACUGAACAUGAAAAGCCCACAGCGGUGAUAGAGAACGGGGAGGUGAGGCUGAAUGGGAAGGGGAAGAAGAUAAGAAAGCCUCGGACCAUCUACUCCAGUUUGCAGCUCCAGGUGCUCAACCAGCGCUUCCAGCAGACGCAGUACCUCGCCUUGCCCGAGAGGGCCGACCUUGCAGCUAAACUAGGCCUGACACAGACCCAGGUGAAAAUAUGGUUCCAAAACAAACGGUCCAAGUACAAAAAGAUAAUGAAGAAUGGGCCUUGUGGACCUGAGGGAGAUCACCUUGCCCCACCACCACAAUCUUCCUCCUCUCCAUGUUCUCUGUGGGACAUCAGUAUGGCUGCCAAAGGUGCGCCAGUGCACUCAGGAGGAUACAUGAACAAUUUUGGACACUGGUAUUCUGGACAUCAGCAGGACACCAUGCCAAGGACUCAGAUGAUGUGACUGACAAGAUGAUACAAGACCUCCUGGAUCAGUUGUGGACAUAUACCAGCAUGCUCAACUGCAAAGUACAUGCUGAGCCACUUUGGAGGUAAAAAUAGUUGAGUGGCACAUUACGCUUGGUCCUAAAAAGACUAAUUGUGCAACUUUUGCUAAACACUUAAAGGAGUUCGCCUUUAUAGUUUUUGGCUGAAAUAAACUUAUGGACAUGCAAGUUGUUUUUCCAGAAAACACGUAAACAUUUAUUGUUUUUAAGGGCUUUACUAAUUUUUUUAAUGAACUCUAAUAGUUCAGUGAACCUGCUUGUUUGCAGAUGUGAACGGUUUGAAGAACUGAACAAAUAAAAAAGUACAUGGGCAGCUGAGGUUUAAGUUCAUUUUGUGUGUAUGUAUUUAAAAAUUCAAAAGGAAAUCUAUUAACAUCUAAGUGUACUUGUUUCUGAUUUCUGAUUUGCCUUCUGAUGCAGGAUUCUAGUGGCACUUCUUGUUUAAUGGUAAGUAUCAAGAUGGAAAAUAGUAGGACACAAAUUCUUUUGUUUUUAUUCUGCAUGAAAUUCAACUUCUGACAUUGUUCAAGUAGUCUACUUUUCUUGUUUUUUAUCAGAUACUCCAGAGCAUGAUAUCUCUUAUGUUUUCAGUCAUAAAUAAAAUUCUUGACCUGUUAA